AUGAGUAAGUCAAAUGAUUUUCCAUCGUUAACGAAAGAAGAUAUAGAAGCAAUUUUUGAUUCUGCAGAGGAAAUGGAAGAAACAAUUGAUUUGAAUCCAUCAAGUGAGACAAUAGGCUCUAAUAAUGAAUCAGUAGCUUGCAUUGGAUGCUCGAGAAUAUCUCCAGCUGUAAAGCCUACUCAGGUUGUCUCUCCAAUGAAACAAAUGCAGAGCUCUUUAUCAAGCUGUAACGAUAUUAUAGUUUGUGUCAUGGAUUUACUUAUGAAACGGGAGCAGACUCUUCGUAUCGCAGGUAACACCACGGAAGCGAAUGCUUUGAAUGCCGUUGGCUUUGCUGUCAUAAAUUUAAUAGCAAAGGCAGUUGAAUUGCUUGAAUCAAAUGAAAGUGUGCAUCUUGGGAGUUUGCUAUUAGAUGCUCUGAAGGUUUCAAUGCAUAAGAAAAAUAAUGAGUGGGAAAAUUUGGUAUUGUGUAUGGAGAGUAUCAUUAAUUUAAUUGACCAAGUUCGGAAAAUAAGUGAAGUCUCAAAAUGCCGUGAACAAGAAAAGAGAUCAACUCAGCCAACAAGUGCGAUAACAGAUAAGAAUGAAUAUAUAGUCGAAAUAGUAAAUAGAAGAAAAAAACGAAAAUUAGAUGGUGUAUCAAGUAGAAAACACAAAGUUGAGAGUGGACAAAGGCGUCAAGAGACUAAUGAAACUUAUUCGAAUUUGAUAUCUUAUUCUUCAAUAAGUCCACAGAAGUUUUCGAAAGUGUCUCAUCAGGCUUCAACACCGCAGCAGUCGAAGAAUCAUGUCAAAAUUUUUAGUGAAAAUGAAAAAAGUAAAGUAAACAUCUAUUGUGAGGAUCGUGGGAUCAAACAUAGCGGAAGAGUGGGGAAAAAUAAGCUGAAUAGAGAGGAUAAAGUUCGGGUGUUGCAAUCGAAUACAGCAGAUUUUUCAAUUGUGCCCACUUCAAUCUACACAGAUGUGAAUAUUCCUAUAAGUGCAGAAGCGUUAAUGGAAGAAUGCAGAAACAAUUCUAACAAUCCUAUUUUUCCAUCCACAUUACUGGUACCGAGAAAUAUCAGUCAUCAUAGCUCGGAUGCACAGGGUAUAGUAUCUUCGAGAGAAACUUUUGAUUACACUUCUUCGUUGAAACAACCAGUCUCAGUUGAACUUCCGUUUGUUUGUGAGUCAAAUUUCUUUCACACUAUCAAUAAAGUUACUCAAUCAAAUACAAGCUUCAGUUCUACUGAAGUAUGUUUUAACUCUGGACAAAAAAGAAACUCUGAACAGCUUGUACAGCAUUCCAGUUCAAUUAAGCCAAGUCAGAAGUAUGGUAACCUAAAUUUUGUUAAGAUUAAGAAAGCUAGUUCAAAAGGAGAUAAAAAUUCUGAAGGUUUGAAAUUGAAAAAAAAGAAAGUAAAGUUUUCUGCAGAAAGCGAAAAUUCUGUUAUUGAAGUACUAUUUGAUCCUGCUGCAAAUGCGGAACAUUUAUAUUUGAUCAAAUUUUCUGAUUAUCGUAAAAAAUAUCCGAAAGGUUCAGCAUUUAUGCCCGAAGAGCAAGCAAGAAAAAGAGAUCUUGAAAAACUGCCCCCUCGCGAAUAUGAUUUUAUUAAGCCCGCCACUGAACAGCUAUAUUCUGAUGCUCAAGUCCUUUCUUUCUGUAAAAGUUGUAACUUUUCUCAUGGAUAUGUGCGUAAUUGGUUUAUAGUUGGUUCUAGAUUCAGUAUUUUGAAUGAAAAUGUAUUUGGAAUGAAUGUUAAAACUCGUCUUUCCCGCGUCAACUACCCUCCUCUUCAUUUCAAAACUGUAUGCGAUACACUAACAAAGAUUUCAACAGACAUUAGCGGUAUGAAGAUCUUUCUGGCUAUUGGUGAGGACUGGAUUGUGGAAAUGUCAAUCACAACUGGAGAAUUCAUUUGUUUCAUUAAAAAUUUUGCUAAUGUUUUGUUUCAACUUUAUGCUAAGAAUUAUCUGUUGAUGAAAGCAAAAAGUGAUUUUGUGAGUGAUGUCGAUGAUCUCAUGAAAAGUUAUGCUUAUGUGGAAAUGCCGACACUGAUACUGUUUACUAUCCCAGCGCGCUCGGGCCAGGAAUUAGAUUCGAAUUGUAAUGCUUACAAUACAGCAUUAAAACAAUUGAUUAAGAGCUGGGAUGUUACACCGACAAGCCCUUUUCAUCAUACCGCGACAAAACAGUGCAUAGAACUGAGACUAAUUGAUUGGCAACAAAUUUGCUGUGAUAACAAUGCAGUGAAUGACGAGGAUAUGAUUACUAUUUUAAUGAAACAUUUAAUGGAGGACUGGGGUGUAUGCCUAGUUCCUAAGAAUCGUGUUUUACAUUUGUGA